CUCAUCUACCCACAUUGCCAAGUCUCAGUAGGAGGACCUACGGCGUACAGACAUACGGACACCUUGGAGGAGACACACGCGCGCCGCAAACACACCGCCGCCAUGUCCGAUCACCCGGCGGAGAAGCUAGCCAGGAGCGAGCACCCGGCGGAGAAGCUAGCCAGGAGCGAGGAGGGGUCGGGCAUCGCCGAGGAGAAGGUCGCAACGGCGAAUGUUGAGGACCCGAGCAGCCAGGGUCGGCGCAUGCAGCCGCCGGCGUUCAUACUCGGCCUGACGCCCGAGAAGCGCGCAGAGCUCGAAACGCGGCUCAAGCGGAAGAUCGACGCGCGCCUGCUGCCGGCCAUCAUCCUGAUGUACAUCAUGAACUACAUCGACCGCAACAACAUCGCGGCGGCGCGCCUGGCCGGCCUGGAGGACGAUCUGGGCCUGACGUCGACGCAGUUCCAGACGGCUGUGAGCAUCCUGUUUGUGGGCUACCUCCUCAUGCAGAUCCCCUCGAAUCUCUUCCUCAACAAGUUCGGCAAGCCGGCCAUCUACCUGCCAUUAUGCAUGGUCCUCUGGGGCAUCAUCUCGGCGCUCACCGCCGCGUGCACCAACGCGUCCGGCCUGCUCGCAAACCGCUUCUUCCUGGGCAUCGUCGAGGCGGCCUACUUCCCCGGCUGCCUGUACUACCUCUCGUGCUGGUACACGCGCAAGGAGCUGGGCUUCCGCACCGCCGUGCUGUACUCGGGCGCGCUCAUCUCGGGCGCCUUCUCGGGCCUCAUCUCGGCCGGCGUGACCAGCGGCAUGGACGGCGCCCGCGGCCUGCGCGCCUGGCGCUGGCUGUUCAUCAUCGAGGGCUCCAUCACCGUCGUCGUCGCCCUGGCCUGCAUCAUCGUGCUGCCCAACUUCCCGCGCACGACCUCCUGGCUGACCGACGAGGAGCGCGUGCUGGCUGUGUGGCGUCUGCAGGAGGACAUUGGCGAGGACGACUGGGUCAACCGCGAGGAGCAGACUUUCUGGAAGGGUGCGCGGAUGAUGUUCGCCGACGGCAAGACAUACAUCCUGCUCGUACUCCUCUUCUGCAUCGUCGCUAGCGGCACGGUGACCAACUUCUUCCCCACCGUCGUCAGCACGCUGCAGGAGAGCUCGCUCUCGGGCGCGAGCAAGAAGAACAACGUCAUCUCGCUGCUGCUGACGGCGCCGCCCUACGUGCUGGGCGUCAUCGCCACCUACCUCAACGCCACGCACGCCGACAAGACGGGCGAGCGCUACUGGCACAUCACCAUCCCGCUGUGGGUUGCCGUGGUCGCGUACAUCAUCGCCGCGACGACGAUGAAGACCGCGCCGCGGUACCUCAGCAUGAUGCUGAUGGUCCCGUCCGUCUACUCGGGCUUCGUGGUCGCGCUGGCGUGGAUCAGCAACACGAUGCCGCGGCCGCCGGCGAAGCGGGCGGCGGCGCUGGCCUUCAUCAACGCGGUCAGCAACUGCAGCAGCAUCUACGCGAGCUACAUGUACCCGACGAGCGCGUCGCCGCAGUACACGGUCGCCAUGUGCGUCAACUGCGCGACCGCCUUCAUCGCCGUGUGCGCCGCCACCGUCAUGCGCAUCGUCCUGGUCCGCCUGAACCGCAGGCUGGCCCGCGGCGAGUACGUCGAGGGCGCCAUCAACGCCGCGCCCGGCGAGGCCGUCAGUUCUUUCCGGUUCAAGGUUUAG